AUGCGGGUACCGUGGGACAACCAGUGGGGGACGUCGACAGAGAGCGGCAACUGGACGGGGAUCGUGGGAACACUGCAACACCACAAAGCAGACUUCUCAAUGAUGCUGUCCUGGAUGGAGACGCGUCUCCCCGUCGUCGACUACUCCAGGAUCUACGCCUCUGAACCCCUCGUCAUGAUCACCUCCAAGCCCCUGCCUCUCUCCCAGUCCUUCGCUCUCGUCAGACCUUUCUCAGCAAAUCUGUGGGUGGCGAUGGUGGUGUCAACGGUGGUAGCAGGCGUGGUGUUAUGGGGACUGCAAGGGGCGUGGGCGUGGGUAUCAGGAGGACGUGCCCUAGGCCUAGGCAGGUCUCUCAUGCUCACCCUGGCCAUUCUGAUGGAGGACCCCCCCUCGAGGCUACCCAAGAAUAUCACCGCUCAGAUGUUGCUGGGGUGGUGGUGGGUGUACUGUAUGCUGCUCACCAUCACUUAUCGCUCCUCGCUCAUCGCCCACCUUACGGUACCGGGUAAGUCGGCGACGCUGGAGUCACUCGAGGACCUGUUAGAGGUUCACAGGAAGGACCACUGGACUUGGGGGUACGAACCCACCUAUGGCUCCGGCUGGGAAUUCCUCAAGAUGAAUGAGAACCCAACUGUGAGGAAGGUCUUCAGCGAACUCAUGUUGGUAGAUCUGCAGGAGCAAAUGGACCGGGUACUGGCAGGCCGCCACGCCUUCAUCACCUGGAAGUAUUAUAUCAGAUCCAUUAUUGCAAGCCGCUACACCAACGCCCGCAGCUACACACCCAUCCACACCGCCAAGGAGGAGCUUUUCAAUUAUGGCGGCUACGGCUGGGGCUUCAGGUGGGUCGGUUGGGGCUUCAGGUAG